AUGGCAGAGUUCCAACUUGCAGGGAGCGGGAGGAGGGCAGUGAGACAGGGGACGCCACGUGCAUGGAUAUGUACGUGGCCCCCAGACAGCCUGCAGAGCAGCUACAGCAUAUCCCUGCCCCUUUGGAGACCAUGGUUGCCCACUGAUGAGGGUAUUACAAGGCAGAAGGAGGACGAGAUGGACAUAGCCUAUGGUGGUGAGGUGAUGGGGGAUGAUGAGCCCAGCAAAGCAUUGGCGCUUUUCCGGCACCCUGUCAGACUUUUCUGGCCAAAGUCCAAGUCCUUCGACUACCUGUACAGCGAGGGCGAGAAGCUGCUGGAGAACUUCCCAGUGCAAGCCACCAUCAACCUCUAUGAGGACUCUGACAGCGAGGAGGAGGAGGAAGAGGAAGAGUACGGGUGGGAGGAAGGUCAGGUGGAGGAUAUGGGGAAGCAGGCAGGGGAGAUGGUGCUUUUGCAGGGGGUAGAUGCCUGCCAGCCCUGUCUGAAAUGAACCCCGAGGCACCCAGCACAUGUGGGAAAGACCCAGCCAGAGUGGCAAAUGGUGGCCCCCUUCUCUUGCAGAGCUGAGACUUCACACUGGCUGGUUGAGAAGUGGCUGUCACCCACAGGGGUCCCUCCCACUGGGGGCAUGCAUGAGUGCAAAGGGAAUCUAGCAGACCUGGCCAUUUUCUAUUGCAGUACUCAGGACUUAACCCAAAGCAGCUGGCACUGAGAGGGGAAAUCCGCACCAUGGUUGGAAGUGGGAGGGGGAACAGGAUUAGUAGGUCUCCAGCAGGGGGUGCAGUUCACUGCAGGGUGUUCCAGGAGUAGGCAUUUGUAGGCAUCACAGCAGGGUGUGCCAACAUCUCUGCUAAAAGUGUAGGGCCCCAUUUGUGCUUCAGAUUAUGACCACUCCU